UCUUCUUCAUCUGCAGAAGAACGAGAGAUAAGCUGAUAUGGCGGAGGCAUUAGCUCAGAACGUUAUCACUUCAUUCGUGCAGGGAGUGAUAAGUUCAAAUCUGACAAACCUGAAUAAUCUGGCAUCAAAGGAAGCGGGCCUUUUGCUAGGUGUUCGGAGGGAAAUCACCUAUAUAAUUGAGGAGCUUGAGAUGAUGAAGGCCUUUCUCAGAAGUGCAGAAGAGAAGCAGGAGACGGAUUUCAUGGCGAGGGUAUGGGUGCGGCGCGUCAGAGAGGUCUCCUUGGCUUUAACCAUCAUCAGUUUCUUAGAUUGGUUGGGUUUUCGACUCCGAUCACUUUGCACAUUACAUGUUCGGCAUGAGAUUGCAGCUGAGAUUCAAGACCUUAAAUACAGGAUUGCUCACAUAAGUGAUUGUCGAUUGCGUUAUGGCAUUACUGCAAUACCCUCAAGCUACUAUAAUGCUUCUAGCUCAAUGGGCCCUCGCUUCGUCGACUAUCGACUUGGUGCCUUGUUCAUACAAGAGGAUCAAUUGGUGGGCAUUGAUGAACCUCGAAGAAAGCUUACAAAUUUACUAAUUAGGGAUGAGAAGCAAUGUAGGGUCAUCUCUGUGUUAGGCAUGGGCGGACUUGGUAAGACCACUCUCACAAAACGGGUAUAUGAGGACCUACAAAUGAUAGGUGAGUAUUUUGACUGUCGUGCAUGGAUUACCAUCUCACAGACAUUCAAUCUGAAUGUACUUCUUAGAGACAUCAUCAAGCAGGUUGCAUCUCUCGACCAUAAAAUGGAUCUCAAUAAUGAGGAUCUCAUCAAUCAACUUGAAAAGUUACUAAAAAAUAAGCGUUAUAUUGUUGUGUUGGAUGACAUAUGGAGCAUUGAUGCAUGGGAGAGCAUAAAGCAUGCUCUACCUGAAAACAACAAUCGAAGUAGAGUAAUAGUCACAACACGGAUAGAAGAAGUUGCGAACAAUUGCUGUGCUGAUGCCAGUGGGGUUGACUAUGUCUACAAGCUGCAGCUACUCUCAAAGGAACAAUCAAUGGAAUUGUUCCAAAGGAGAGUGUUUGGUCACAAUAAGCGCUACCCGGAGCAUCUAGAAAAUGUUGCCAAUGAUCUUAUUGCAAAAUGUGGUGGACUUCCACUUGCCAUUGUUGCAAUGGCCGGCGUUCUCAAAAGCAUGCCAACCCCAGAUGACCAUCAACAAUGGACUAACUUGCUCAACAACUUAUCCUCAGUGUUUGAAACAAAUCAAAGCCUUGAAGGCAUGAAGCAGGUGCUGCUCCUUAGCUACAAUCACCUCCCAUACCUUCUCAAGCCUUGUUUUUUAUAUCUUAGCAUUUUUCCAGAGGACCAUCUCAUUAUACGUAAGAAUUUGAUCCAACUUUGGGUAGCUGAAGGGCUAGUGUGCAACCAAUAUGCUAUGAGCGCAGAGGUUGUGGCUGAGUACUACUUUAAUGAGCUGGUUAGUAGAAGUCUUAUCUUGCCGUCAGAAGUGGGUUUGAAUGGGAAGGUGAAAAGCUAUCGAAUUCAUGAUAUCAUGCUUGAAGUUCUUAUAUUCAAGUCAAUGGAGGAAAAUAUGGUUUCAAUUCAUGGUAAGCAUAGUAGAUCAAGUCUUAAAGAUGGAAAUGUGAUUCGACGAUUAUCACUUCAGAGAGAAAGCAAUCAAAUAAGAGGCAUUCCAGAUGAUGUGAACGUAUCACAAGUUACAUCACUAUUAAUUUAUGAUUUUCAAAUGAUCCUAGCCUUGCUUCCAAGAUUCAGAUUGCUGAGAGUCUUGGUGUUCGAAAAUUAUUCAUUUGAUUGCGAUGAAGAAAAAGUUAGCUUCUUGCAAAUACUUUCUAAGUUUAGGCAUCUUCGAUAUUUGAGCCUAAAAGGAACUAGUCUAAAAUCUUAUCCAACAAAAAAAAUGAAGUCAACCUUCUCAAAAUCCUUAAGUAAGCUUCGAAAUUUGGUGACAUUGGACAUACGUGAUGUUGGCAUACGCCGACUGUACUCUUCAGUUGCAAAACUAAAACAACUUCGCCAUCUUCUAAUGCGAAAUUCAGACUCUUUCAUUUUGCCAUUAUUUAAUGUUAAUUAUAAGAUGAAUUCUGGAGUGUUGCUAAACCUAAAAAAUUUGCAAACAUUGGUGGGCUUGAAGAUUAAUAAUAUGGAAAUAGCAGAGGAACUAGGGUUCCUAACUCAAUUGAGGAUACUAAAGAUCAGCGUGGAUUCAAAAUCCCCAAAAAUAUUAAGCUCUGCAUGUGUUUCUCUAAACAAAUUAAGUGGGACUCUUCAUUCCUUGAGCUUAACAGUCUGGCCAGAACCUCCUGAAAGAUUCAAUUUGAACAUAAAUAAUCAUCCUUACUUACUUCAAAGCCUUCAGUUACGAGGCGGUUGUAAUCUACCAUAUUGGGUUAGCUCUCUAAACAACUUAGCUACGUUGACUCUUAUUAUUGAUAAUAAAAAUUUGGAUAACGACUUGGGAGUCAUCAAGAGAUUGCCCAACUUGCUCUACCUUACUCUCUCAAGCUUUUAUUAUACUUCGGUUGAGUUACUAUUUACCAAAGGAGGCUUCCGAAGAUUGAAGUUGUUGCAUAUUUAUGGAAUGGAGGAAUUGAAAUCCAUUGAAUUCCAAAUCGAAUGCAUGCCUGUUCUUAAGAAACUUGUAAUCAACGGAGGUUGGUCAUUGACUCGUGUCAUUGGUAUUGGAUUUUUGCCAUGCCUCCAAGAGAUUCAACUUAUUUCAGCGCCAAAGAGAAUCAUAGAAGUAUUGAACUCGGAUGUAGAUACACAUAAGAACAUUCCCAAACUUACAGCAAUUAAUGUGAAAGAUAACUAA